AUGGACGAGUUCUUUUGUGUUUCGGCAUGUACAACGGCUAAACAAAUAUGGGAUACAUUAGUAGAAACUCGCGAAGGAACGGUUGAAGUUAAGAGAUCUCGAUUAAAUACUUUGAGUCAAGAAUAUGAAUUAUUUAGAAUGCAGCCCAGAGAAAGCAUUCUUGAACUACAAAAGAGAUUUGUUCACUUAAUAAAUCAUCUAGACGCUCUUGGAAAGAAAAUUUCUAUCGAGGAACAAAAUCUUAAAGUUCUAAGAUCCUUAACCAGAGAAUGGCAACCAAAGGUAACGGCAAUAUCCAAGAAGAAGACUUUAACAAAAAUGACUUCCGCAACAUUGUUCGGAAAACUUCAAGAAUACGAAACGAAACUCGAAAGAAUUCAAAAGCAUGAAAGUUUAGAUUCAAAAUCCAAAGGCAUUUCUUUGAAAGUAAAUUCUAUGUACGAUGAUCCAUCGGUGGAAGAUGAAAAUUUUAUGCUUCUUGUUAAAAGACUUGGUAAGUGCUUUGGUAAAAAUAAUAAAUCAUCUCAUGUAAAAAGAAAGAACCAUUUCAGGAAAAAGGAGGCCUCCACUUCAACACAAGAUGUCACAUGUUGUGAAUGUGGUAAACAAGGUCAUAUAAAACCAGAUUGUCCAAAACUCUCCAAGAAUGGUGGUGUCAAAGGCAAAAAGGACCUCGAGAAUAAAAAGGCCUAUGUUGCAUGGGAAGAUAAUGAGAUAAGUUCAUCAUCCGAUUCGGAUAGCGACGAAAGUGCAAAUCUAACAUUGAUGGCUUCACACCAUUCCUAUGAUGAGAACGAUGAGGUUAGUAAUGAAUUCUCUAUUUUCGAUAAUGAUGCACAAGGUGCCAUAAAUGAAUUAUUAAAUGAAUGCAAAAUGUUAUAUAGAACCAUAUCAACUCAAGAGAAACAAAUCAAAAUUCUUGAGAAAAUGGAUACCAUGCAAAAAGAUUUCGAGGUUGAAAAGAAACAAUAUGUUGAUAAAAUAGAACAAAAAUUUACAUUGCAGAAAAAUGAUGCAUUUGAAGCGUUCAAGAAAUAUGCAAAGCAAAUUCAAAAUGAGAAGUCACUAACAAUUGCCUCCAUAAGAAGUGACCAUGGUGGAGAAUUUCAAAAUGCUUCGUUUGAAGAAUUUUGCGAAGAACAUGGAAUAUCUCAUAAUUUCUCAGCACCAAGGACUCCUCAACAAAAUGGAGUAGUGGAAAGAAAGAAUAGAUCACUUGUGGAACUUGCAAGAGCGAAGCUUAGCGACUCAAAACUUCCUAAAUAUUUUUGGGCGGAUGCGAUAAGCACGGCAUGUUUUGUAAGUAAUAGGGUUAAUAUUCGACAUAUCUUAAAGAAGACUCCAUAUGAACUAUUCAAAGGAAGGAAACCAAACAUUGCUAAUUUCACAUCUUUGGAUGCAAAUAUUUUGUCUUGA